AUGAUCGCCUCCUCCCUCAAAGACUCCUCCACCUCAGAAACCCUCACCACCCUCCUUCUCUCCAAAAACGCCGACCCCACUUUGACCACAAAUACCGGAGCCACAGCUUUACAUUUCGCAGCUAGCAAGACCAACCUAGACACGGCGAAAAAGCUCAUCGAGCACAAAGCUUCAGCAAGAGUUAAAGACAAGAGAGGCCAAUUGCCUUUGCACAGGGCAGCUGCGGUGGGAAACGUGCCCAUGGUGAAGUUGUUGCUGGAGAGCAGGAGUCCGGUUAAUGCGACUGAUGGGGAUGGAUGUACAGCUUUACAUCAUGCGAUUGCGGAGGGGCAUGGUGAUACGGCGAUGGUGUUGCUCAAAGCGGGUGCGGAGACUGACAAGAAGGAUAAUACUGGUGCUUUGGCUUUGGAUCUUGCGCCUGAUGCGAAGGUAUGUUUUGAUGUGCUUACUCUUGUGGCUGUUAAGAAUCGUGUUACUGACUGA